ACUGUGCGCGGUGUCUCUGUGUACGAUGCGCGUUCCCCUCAGUCGCUCGCUGGUUCUGCGGAGUUCCACAGUCGCUUGUCGCAGGUUGUGGCGGUAGGAUGUGUUCGUUAUUGGCGUUUACGAUAGGGGCUCAGGAAUUGACACGUGGCGUGUGAUUGUGACUUCCAUAAGCAGUGAGAGAUUUUCGCGGGUCCAUUGUCAUCAUUAAAGAAGAGUUGUGAAGUUUGUUUACGAAACAUUUUACUUUGAAUAUUUAAUUUUGUGUGUGAUCCUAAUUAUAAAUCAUAUUUAAUGACAUGAUACGCAAGAUGAAAGGUUUUAACACGUUAUGUCCUUAUUUCGAAUGAAGUAUCUAGGUCAGUACUACAGUAAAGCAAUUUGUUAAGGAUAAUAGACUGUUGUCAGUUAAGUUGAUACAAGUAACUGGUUUUGUAUACACUGAAGUCGCCACAAAAUGUAACAUGGCCCAACUGUGAUCUAUUGUAAACGUGCAUUAAAACCAAAUUUAAAUCAUGAGUUUGCUUUGGGAACUUUUGAACUGAAACAAGAUCACAAAAUUUCUUUAGUAUCAGAUAAGUAUAAAAGGGUCUGUUACGAAAAAACUAAUGUUUAUUUGACCACUGCAAUCGAAACUGUCCGACACAUGGCCAAAUAAACUUCUCAGAGUUAUUCACAAUUCCUUCGACAACAGUUUUAAUGUUCCUUAAUUUAAAUUAAUAAUAUUUAUGAUGUGCUGACUAUGUCAUUUCUUUGUCAGUUGGAUAUUAUCUGUGAUUUUAUUCGUAACAUUUAUAAUCUUCGGGAUCAAUACUGCGAUGUGUAUAGAUUCUUUAAUGUCAUUUCCACAAAUUAAGAUUUACAAGCCAAGUGAUGUGCAUUUUAUUCUCGUGAAAAAAGUCUACAUUUCUUAAAAAGACAUAUUGGCUGUGAAGACUCAUCUGUUUCUUGUGUUGAAUGCUGUUCUGGUGCCCAGUUUGACUGUUUUGCGUGUGUCGUUCAUAAUUUGCUAUUGUGAGGACUUGGUUGGUCUGCAGUCUUCGUUCUUAUGCGUGCGGUCUCCAUGCGCUAAGAAGACAAGUAUCUUCGAAGUCAUCGCGUAGGAGGGUUUCACAUGAAACAAGAUCAUAAAAUCUGUUCUCUCAUCCUCCAACAACCUCCGAAGACCUGGCGUCACUCCAGGUGAGGAUGACGUCACAGCUAACACCACGGGGAACGCCCAAGUGCCCGGAGUUUCGACGUAAACUACCAUAACCGCUGUUAUGAUCUGAAAAUCCACGGCACUUACUGCUAUGCAACAUUUAUUGUAUCCUAAGAGCAUUGCAGUAUGAAGCCAGCGCGCAGUAUUUUCAGAUUUCCCUUCAGCCGAGGAAGUCUGCGAAUUUGUUUAUGCUGAUUGUGUUCAUCCUGAGUGGGGGAUGCGCGGGUCAGCUUGCCGAGUACGACUUCAUCAUUGUGGGCGGCGGUGCGGCUGGAUCCUUGCUGGCUUCACGGCUGUCGGAGGUUUCCGAGUGGUCGGUGUUACUGAUCGAAGCUGGCGGAGAAGAGAGCGUUCUGGAGGACAUUCCUCUGUUCGCAGCACAUGCACAGUUGACGCCGAUAAACUGGGGUUAUAAGACAGAGCCGUCAUCAACAGCCUGCCUCGGCCUGGUUGGCGGUCAGUGCAACUGGCCACGUGGCAAAGUCUUAGGUGGUAGCAGUGUUCUCAAUUAUAUGGUGUACACUAGAGGAAAUCGUAAGGAUUAUGACGACUGGGCAGAGGAAGGGUCCGAAGGCUGGGGAUACGACGAUGUCUUACCGUAUUUCCUCCGGUCUGAGGACAUGCUUAUUCCGCGUUUGGCUGCAGACAAGAGAUACCAUUCCACGAAAGGAGAACUGCCAAUCACUCACCCUCCAUAUCACACCCAGGCUGCGUCUGACUUCAUCGAAGCUGGUGUGGAAACAGGAUACAAUGAAGUUGACUAUAAUGCCGCAAGUCAAAUAGGAUAUUCUUUCCACCAGUGCACCAUGAAAGACGGAAUGCGGGUCAGCGCAAAUCGCGCGUUCCUGGAGCCUGCGAGGACGAGGAGGAACUUGUACGUCCUGAAGAACAGCCUUGUUACAAAAAUCCUCGUUCACCCGGAGAAUCAGACUGCGUACGGCGUUGAAUAUGAAUUGUGGAGUGUCCUUCCACGAAGAGCUCGCGCUAGGAAGGAAGUAAUAAUCUCUGCGGGCGCCAUAAACUCUCCUCAGCUGUUGAUGUUAUCCGGGAUCGGCCCUAAAGACGAUCUGGAGAAAUUGGGGAUCAGCGUUAUGCAGGACUCAAAAGUGGGCUUCAACCUGCAGGAUCACAUCAGUCUUGGAAACCUCUAUUUCACCGCAAAUUCCACGAUCGGAAUUCCGCCUGACUACAAUCCAAACGACGUUUCGAACGUUAUCAAGUACCUACAGGACCGCGAAGGACCACUUUCAAUACCAGCUGGCACAGAAGCAUUUGGGUUCGAGGACAUUGAUGAUAAUGACGGUUUUCCAGAAAUAGAAAUAAUCUUUUCAACAAGUACUACGUCGUCAUUGAAUGAAGUAGGGGAUGCCUGGGGAGUUAGCCCCGACAUAUAUGAAAAUUACGAGUCCUUAGCUGAUGAAAAUUCUUUCAUGAUGCUUCCUGUGCUUAUGCAUCCAAAAAGUCGCGGUAGAUUGACGCUCAGAAGUAGAAACCCCAUGGACAAGCCUCUUCUUUACCACAAUUACUUGACUGAACCAGAGGAUGUGAAUGUUCUUAUAAAGGGAAUCAGACGGGCAAUUCGGCUGACUGACACCGCGGCCUUUCAGAGGCACGGCGUGCAACUCUUAAAAGUCCCGCUGCCUCCGUGCGAGGUUCACGAGUUCGGUUCUGAUGAAUACUGGGAAUGUUCAAUUCGCUACAUGACUUUUACAUUCUACCACCAAUGCGGAACCUGUAAAAUGGGCCCUGAUUCCGACGAGGACGCCGUAGUGGAUCCACAGUUACGAGUGCGCGGUAUUAAGAAUCUCCGUGUGGUGGAUUCUUCCAUCAUUCCAGUCAUCAUAUCGGGUCAUUUAGUCGCCCCAACUUACAUGAUCGCUGAAAAGGCAUCCGACAUGAUCAAGAAUCAUUGGAAUGCCACUUCCUUGUCUUAAGCAUUUGACUCACAUGAAAACUGGGAAAGGAAUUUAUUUUUGUUCUGUUUAACUAUCCUUGGGUCAAUAUUAUUUAGUAUCCAUCACUGCUGUUAUUAAAAAUGUAAAAUUGUGUUUUACGUAUGAAGAGACUUUUGGAAACUUCAAGUUGUGUUAUUUGCGUAGUAAAUAUUGUGUUCAAUUUGGCUGUGCAAGGAGCCAUAAUAUAUAACACAAUACACGACCUUACUUAAUUAACACGAGCUAGUCUAACUCUCUCGUGGCGUGAUGCUGACCACUCACCCCUAUCUAGUGCCAAGGAUAAGAGUGUGUAGGAUCUAUACCAGAUCUUUUACCUUAAGCCUAUAUGACAGUUUAAUGUCUUAAGUCUUAACUCUUCAUAUUCAAGUAAGGAACACAAAUUGACAUGUUUUUAAUUAAAAUCACAGAUAUUUCUGACUGCUGGUAAUGUUUGCUUUAUAACACAUAUUAAUCUUUAUAUGCAAUUUCUUGUUUUGGUAUUGGAUAUUAUUUUAAUGUUCUUCGUUUAUUUUAUUAUUUAUACGAAUGUAACAAGGUUAUUUGUGUUCCACGGCUUUGGCGCAAGGACCUGCUGUCUGGCGGAAGCUUAUGUAUUGAUUAUUCUCAUCUUCAUGUGUUAUGUUGUUACCAACAUAAAUGAAUGUUAGUGAAUUUAUUUAUUUGUAUAGCAUUAAAUAUAAAUCAUGUAAACCAAUACUAUGACGCAUUUUCGGUAAAUAAAGUAUCUGAAUUUUUGCACCAAAGAA